AUGCCGAGUAUAUUCGAGAAAAUCCAAGCCAAGAUCGAGCUGUUCCGGCUCGAACAACGAUACACCCGCAACCGACAUCGUCGCUCUGCAUUCAUCAGCAAUGCUAUUUAUGUCGACGGCGAGUACAUUUAUCAGACUCCCAACAAUACCGGCUCGUCUACCAACAGCUCUUCUACAGCUGCCUCAUCACCAAUGGAAGAAAAUAGCAGGCGUCGUAGUGUAGCCAUCGAGGAGCCUAGCAGGCACUUUACUGAGCCUACGCCACAACAAAAGAAGCGAUUGAACAGAUUCUCAUCGAUGCCCGGAUUCGGCUCUUCAACGAAGAGCAACACCUCCCGGGAUUGGAGGACUAGCACCAUCGAUGUAAAUGAGGUGCGCUGA